ACGACAUGGAGGUCACAGCUCUCUGCAUCAGACUACUAAUAAAUGUCCUGGUGCUUCUGGUUCUAGAAGAUCAACACUGUUACUGUGCUGAGAAAGCUGAUGCAGCUUCUCUUCGUAUUGUCCCAAACAGACUCCAGCUCUUUGAAUAUGACUCUAUCUCCAUUGAAUGUGAGGGAUAUGGUGACUUCACCGAGUGGAGAGUGAUGGGGAGGAUCAUGGGAGUUGAAACGAUAUGUGCUACUCAUUGGGAGACAUCAAGGGCACCCUGCUUUAUCCAACAUAGCUUUUCAUCAGACAGUGGAGAAUACUGGUGUGAAGCUAAAGGAGGAGGCAGAAGCAACGCCGUCAGCAUCACUGUUACUGCCGGUUCAGUGAUCCUGGAGAGUCCUGCUCUGCCUGUGAUGGAGGGAGACGAUGUGACUCUGCGCUGCAGGAACAAGACGAUGUCCUCUGUCCUUAUAGCUGACUUCUAUAAAGAUGGCACUCUAAUAGAGAGUGGCUAUGAAGGAAACAUGACCAUCCACAGUGUUUCUAAGUCUGCUGAAGGAUUCUACAAGUGUGACAUCAGUGGUGUUGGAGAAUCAGCAGAUAGCUGGCUGGCUGUCGGAGAUGAAGAGACACAUCCCCCCCACCAUCACUCCCCUAAGCUCUUUCUCCUGUGGAUCACGGUGGUCAUGGUUUUGGUGGCUCUGCCGCUGAUGGUGGGACUAAUUCUUUGUGGAAAACGCAGAGGGUUGGUCUGCAUUUCCUCAAAGACGUCAACACCAAGAUCACACUCAGCAGAAGCAGGAGUAUCAAGCAUGACAGCGACAGCAGUCAUCAACACUCCCUCAGCAGGUACCGAGCCACGUACAACAAAUGAAGACUUAUUCUAUGAUACGAUCCAAUAGGUCACUGAGAGCAGAGACGUCUGACUGAAGUCUGUAAUAUUUUGAUAUUGAUAUAUUAUGUGUGUUUUAUAUGAGGACUUCUGUUUCAAAUGUUAUAAUUGUGAUAACAUUAGUUGGACUGUUGCAUAUAUACUC